AUUUGGAUGCAGCGAGCCUGCGGCCACCCAGGAGCCCAGACUGGCCAGAGAGGCAGGUAGAUCCUGUUGCACUUCGCUGUGAAGGCCUUUCACUGAGCAUCCUACUGGUACCAGAGUAAUUCAGAGUCCAGUUGCAGAAAGCUUGUCUUGUUACCACCAUGAGCUCUGAAUGUGACGUUGGCGCUUCUAGGGCUGCUGUGAAUGGCUUGGCACCCGGCAGCAAUGGACAGGACAAAGCAACUGUCAGCCCUUGCCGUGCACGCUCUAUUUCUGCUGUUAAAAUAAUUCCUGUGAAGACAGUGAAAAAUGCUUCGGGCCUGGUCCUCCCUCCAGAUAUGGAUCCUACAAAAAUCUGCACUGGAAAAGGAGCAGUGACUCUCCGGGCCUCAUCCACCUACAGGGAUGCCCCAACCAGGAGCCCUGUGAGCCCUCAGGAAACCCCGGAGCAUGAACGCAAGCCAGAUGGGUGGAGGCCUUCUUCCAGUGCUGAUGCCAGUGGGAACGCCCAGCCCUCUUCGCUUGCCGCCAAAGGCUACAGAAGUGUGCACCCCAGCCUUCCAGCCGACAAGCCCCAGGGUGCCACUUCCUCCAGCCCGGCUCAGCCUGAGAGGCGGCCCCACCACAGCCAGCCAGCCAGUGCUUGUGACUCCCUUCCCCCUGUUAGCCAGACACCACCAUCCUUCUCACCGCCACCUCCGCUGGUCCCUCCCAUACCAGGGGACCUCUACAGCGUCUCCAAGCCUGACCUCACGGGAGCUGUUUCAAGUACCCUCCAGCGGGGAGUUGGCAAGCCCACAUUCGCCUCGCUGGACUGUUGGGGAGUAUUUCGCUUCGGAGUUACCAGAAGUGCUUCCGAUAACAAGUGCCUUUCAUUUCUAGAUCCUGCCGCCGAAAGAAGAGUGGGUGAGGAGUCAUCACCGACCCAGGAAAAGCCCGCGUCACCCACCAGGGCUGCUGAAAAAAGAGUGAAAGAUGACAGUAGGCGGGUGGUUAAAAGCACACAGGACCUAAGCGAUGUGUCCAUGGAUGAAGUGGGCAUUCCUCUCCGGAAUACCGAGAGAUCCAAAGACUGGUACAAGACCAUGUUUAAACAGAUCCACAAACUGAACAGAGACACUCCUGAAGAAAACCCUUAUUUCCCUACGUACAAAUUCCCUGAACUUCCUGAAAUCCAGCAAAAUUCUGAAGAGGACAACCUUUACACUCCUACCUACCAGUUUCCUGCAUCUACUCCUAGCCCUAAAUCUGAAGAUGACGAUUCAGAUCUGUACUCUCCCCGAUACUCCUUUUCUGAAGACACAAAAUCUCCUCUUUCUGUGCCUCGCUCAAAAAGUGAGAUGAGCUACAUCGAUGGUGAGAAGGUGGUGAAGAGAUCCGCCACACUCCCCCUCCCCGCCCGUUCUUCCUCACUAAAGUCCAGCCCAGAAAGAAACGACUGGGAGCCCCCAGAUAAGAAAGUGGAUACCAGGAAAUACCGGGCAGAGCCCAAAAGCAUUUAUGAAUAUCAGCCGGGCAGGUCUUCCGUCCUGAACAACGAAAAGAUGAGUCGGGAUAUAAGCCCAGAAGAGAUAGAUUUAAAGAAUGAACCUUGGUAUAAAUUCUUUUCGGAAUUGGAGUUUGGGAAACCGAGCUCAACAGUUAGCCCCACGCCGGACAUGUCUUCAGAGCCUCCGGGAUAUAUAUAUUCUUCCAACUUCCAUGCAGUGAAGAGGGAAUCAGAUGGGGCGCCUGGGGAUCUCACUAGCUUGGAGAACGAGAGGCAGAUUUAUAAGAGUGUCUUGGAAGGUGGUGACAUCCCUCUGCAGGGCCUGAGUGGGCUCAAGCGACCCUCCAGCUCAGCCUCCACGAAAGAUUCAGAAUCCCCAAGACAUUUUAUACCAGCUGAUUACUUGGAGUCCACGGAAGAAUUUAUUCGAAGACGUCACGAUGAUAAAGAGAAACUUUUAGCGGACCAGAGACGACUAAAGCGCGAGCAGGAAGAGGCCGACAUUGCAGCGCGACGCCACGCGGGCGUCGUCCCGACGCACCAUCAGUUUAUCACUAAUGAGCGCUUUGGGGACCUGCUCAAUAUAGACGACACCGCAAAAAGGAAAUCUGGGUCAGAGAUGAGACCUGCCCGAGCCAAAUUUGACUUUAAAGCUCAGACACUAAAGGAGCUUCCUCUGCAGAAGGGAGACGUGGUUUACAUUUACAAGCAGAUCGAUCAGAACUGGUAUGAAGGAGAGCACCACGGCCGAGUGGGAAUCUUCCCGUGUACCUACAUCGAGCUGCUUCCUCCUGCUGAGAAGGCUCAGCCCAAAAAGUUGCCGCCUGUGCAGGUUUUAGAAUAUGGAGAAGCUGUUGCUAAGUUUAACUUCAGUGGUGAUACGCAAGUAGAAAUGUCUUUCAGAAAGGGUGAAAGGAUCACACUGCUCCGGCAGGUGGAUGAGAACUGGUAUGAAGGGCGGAUUCCAGGGACAUCCCGCCAGGGAAUCUUCCCCAUUACCUAUGUGGAUGUGCUCAAGCGGCCGCUGGUGAAGAACCCCGUGGAUUACAUCGACCUGCCUUACUCCUCUCCGAGUCGCAGCGCCACUGCGAGUCCUCAGCAACCUCAAGCCCAGCAGCGAAGAGUCACCCCAGACAGGAGUCACACUUCACAAGAUUUAUUUAGCUACCAAGCAUUGUAUAGCUACACACCUCAAAAUGAUGAUGAGUUGGAACUCCGAGAUGGAGAUAUCGUUGAUGUCAUGGAAAAAUGUGACGAUGGGUGGUUUGUCGGUACUUCAAGAAGGACCAGGCAGUUUGGCACUUUUCCAGGCAACUAUGUAAAGCCUUUAUAUCUAUAAGAAGAUGGAAAAACCACAGAAAUUCUUAUUGGAGAAUGAAGCAAAAUUCACACACCAGUCUGUUUAUUUAAAUAUUGAACCAGUAGGAAAACGAAUGCAGUGGAUAAAGUAAGAAAUAAAGAAAAGGAACAGAGAAUGUUGUAUUUAAAAGCUAAGCUGUGUGUCAAGGCUGAGCCAUGUGCUGGGCAAAAAUAAUGAAGGUAAAUCUCUAUGUACGUAUUUGUUUCUGGAAGCUUCUCCAAACCUCCAUGCCCCUGCCCCUCUUGGGUAACCUGACCUAAGCAAAGCCCAGGAGUAGAGGUAGGCAGAAAUGCUUUCUGCUAGCCCAGCCUUAACAAACCCCACAUCGAAGGGGUCCCUGAGCCUAAAGCAACCUUUGGGACACCACACAGGUCCCUGGCCAUGUCCUAGAGGUGCUGAACUUGAGCAUCUACUGAUGAUUUCAUCCUCCAUCCCUGCCUGCCUUGAAGAAAGCUGACCCCCCAGGAGUGGCUCGGGCAUAGGGUAGGCUGCCGCUUAGGCUUUCCCUCUGCAGGGGUGCGAGCCCCCAGCCUGCCCAAGGUCCAGUCUCUCUGCCCAUCUCUUGAGGUCCAGGGGAGGAGCUGGAGGCAGACGAGGAGCCCUGUGCAUAGUGGCUGUUGUGCAGCGUUGCUGUUGGUGGCUGUGUUCAGACAGAAAAGCACAAAAGACUCAUCCUGAGAACUGAGGAACAGGCAACCAGGCAGAAGUAUUAUAUUGUUAUUUUCAUGUGAUCAUGUCAGGAAGCCCUGCAGAUCUAGAGACCACUUACAAUAUGUCCCUGUCCCUGGCUUUUAUAAGCAGUCAACUUGGGGGCAGUGCAGCUGGAUCUAUCAGGCCGCCGUCGCUAGCCUUUCCUUUCUGACUUGUGUUGCCUGGAACAGUGUGGGCUUGGUAGACUUCCUCUCAUAGGAACUCCAGAGCAGUGCGUUCAUCUAGAAUGCGGCAACGUGCGUUGGCUUCUGGGGUUCCCAUGAGAAGGGCACAGCCAGGCCCAGAAGGACUCCCUGUCUCCAGUUUUACUGCCGUUCAGAAUGUAGACCUUAAGGCUGUGAAUCCUGAGACUCCUGACGAGGCGCCCCUCAGGGCGGAGCGCGGAGCAGCUCUUCUGCCAUGCUGGAGCCUCCUGGAGGUCUGUCUGUGGCGGUGCGGAUGUGAGGAGGAGCCCUGGGACACCCAGAGCUCUUAGCUGCGACUGUGUCCAAGGUGUGAUAAGGCUGGCUGUCAGCUUCUCAGUUAGAACCUUAGUGACCCAAACAUAGAAGUGAAGUGCUUCCUGCCUGCCAGAAACUCAGAAGUGACUGGGGAGACAGACACGGAAAAGGACCUUAAGACAGACUGGGAUAAGUGCUAGGAACGUGUGCGAGAAAGAGACGAGUUUCUCCUAGAAGGAUCCUAGAAAGCACCGCCAUGUUUCUGUCUGUUAGUUCAUUUCUGAGAACUUUAGUCCCUGGUAGUUGGUGGCUGAAAAUACUGGGAAGUUUUUCCACGGCCUUCAUACUCUCCUCAGCCCCAAAAUACACCUUCAAGGUCACAAAGAGGCAUAGCAAUUCUGUCAUCGGUGUAUGUACUGGAAACCCUGGAUCACCGCAUCCCUAAGAAUUGCCCCAGAACAGUGUCCCACAGCCUGGAGUCUUCACAAGUAGGCAGAAUGUGUCUUCAGCACCCUCACUCCGCUGCUGUCCCAGAUGCCCGUCCUGGGAUCCCCCCACCGCCCACACGGCCGCCGCAACGCCUCCACCUCUGCGUGUACUUUUUUCAAGGAGGCUUUCAGGAAGAACCCAAAAUAUCAGUGACUCACGAGGGGAAUGAAUGUGUUACCUCUUCCCAGAGACAUUUGCUUUUCACUAAGAUGGACCAGAGCCUUAAACCCAAGGAAAAAGACUGUGAAAUUGUGGGGCGGGGAUUUCUGGGGAGAAAGCCUUCGCGAUUUUCUUUAGGUCUCAGUGACAAUAGACAUAUGCUUUGGAGAAUCUGCUCCACCAUUCAAGAGCACGGUUGUUUCACUUUCUCGCGCGCUCUGAGGGAAUAGAUAAAAUGCAUAUGCACGCGCAUCUUGCACAACGGCGCUACACCUGUUUUGGAAUGUAACCCAUGUACUGGCUAAUGUGUUUCCUGGUCUUUCUUAGAUGCAAACCAUUAACAAUGUGAUCUAAUCUACUAGUCUUUUGAGGGGUGCUUCUUGAUUAAGUAAUUUUGAACACCUCUUUAAAUACAGCUAGAAAAUAAAACCAAUUUGUAAAGCCACAUUUGCAUAUAAUGCCAGCCUCACAUCUUUGUAUAGUGCCCAAAACCCAGGUAUGCCUCAUCAACUGGCCCAUCUUUAAUAAAAUAUGUUAAAAUACAUUACUUUUGCUUCCUAUGUAUCACAUGAUGAAGAACAAGUGUUUCCAAUUCCUUUUUUGUCUUCAGACAUUUAGUAACAUAAAAUACCUAUUUUUAUGCUCAGAUGUUUCUACAGGUUUAUUACAGCAAGUGCAACUCACUGGCGCAUGUCUUGGGACACGUUUUGAUAUACUAGCCAUGCUUUUCAGGCGAAGGCAAGCCCACACUACUUACCUAUUGCAGUCUCUCUGGGAUCAGUCAAAGAAAAUAAAAAUCAUGUGCUUGAGAAGUGGGACUGUAAAUAUGUAUAUUUAACUUUGUAUAGCCAGUGUACCUAACUUGUAUAAAAAAUAAUUUUAAAAAUUUGAGUGAAAGUGGGGAGAGAUAAGGAAGUCAUGAAGUUUUUUGCCUUUUUAUUUAAAUGAAAAAAGUCCAAGUAACUCACCUGCAGACUUCUAGCACAAAAAUAGCCGUCACACACUGUUAAAACUUACAGUAAUUAUUCUCUAGGGAGGAGAGAGUAUAAUCUUAGUUAUAAUUUUUUUAAAUUUCAUUUCAUUGAUGGGAUUUUUUUGCAGCCCUGUUUAUCUGCAGUAGCAUUAAGUUCUAUUGCUAGAAUAGGUUACUACAAAAAGAUUAUGCUCUGAAAAAAAAGCAACUGACGUAUGUAACCAAUUAAUUUAAAGUGUUCCACGUGAAUUACACACCGAGGACAUGUACUACGCAGGCACAGACUUUUUUGUUCAUUUAUUUUUCUUUAUUGCGGUGGAUUUAAUAAAUAGAUGUGUUGAAUUACUACCUUUAUUGUACAUAUUAUUUAAUAAACUUUAUUCAGAAUUGUGUGGCA